AUGAGUUUGGCCCCUGAUGUUCCAGGCCUCAGCCAGAGCCACGCCGAUUCGAUUAUAUCAUCGCUCCUUUCGUUUCCGGAAUCCUCUCUGAUCUCCAUUGGAUCCUCCUUCGAUCGAGUGCUCGAUAAAGCUCUCGCCUCCGCUUCCGGCGAUGUCUCCGUUCAGGAUUGCCUCGUCGACCGUACCCUCCAGCUCGCGUCUCUCCUUCUAGACUCCACUAAACGAUGCUUCCGGAAACGAGCUUCUGCUCACAAUUCCAAUUCCUGGUUCCUCCCUCCCGAACUCACCGUUAAGGUGUUUUCGAUGCUUGAUACAAAGUCUCUAAUGCAAGCGGCGGUUUGCUGCACCAUGUUCAACAGCUGUGCAAUGGACCGUUCAUCUUACGCCCACAUCGACUUGACAAGCGCUACCAAACAAGCUGACAAUGGAGUUGUUUGUACUAUGAUCCACCGGGCUGGAAAAGAACUUAGAUCCCUCAAGCUUGGUCGUGUUGCUCGCUCAGAUGGAUCUGAUUCUACUCCAUCUUUGGUUCCAGGAUCUUUUCUUUCCCCACUAUCCUAUAACCAUGGUUUUCUCGGGAAAGAAACUAGAGGAAGAGGAAGAUCCCAAUACAAUCUCAUUAUGGCUAAUGCUUUGGGAACAAAAGAAAGUACUCGAAACCAAGAAUCAAGCCUGAGAGCAAUCAAGAGAGUACCUCUUAUUAAUGUCUUGAAAUCUUCCAUUCGGCUGAGUCGCUUGAGAAGCCUACGGCUUUACAAUAUCAGACCGAUGAACUACAAUUCCUUUACCGAGGUGUUGUCAGUUUGUUCAAAUCUCGCUGAUCUGAGGAUUGUUGGCUUGAAUAGUCCAUUUAUGCAUCUAUUCACGACCCUGGCAAGAAAAUGUCGUCUGAUAGAGCACCUGUGCUUAGAGACCCAUCAUCUCCUAGGUACCAUCGACGCUAAAAAAGGUUCACCCUUGGUAGAGUUCGUGACCAACUCUCCCAACUUAACUUCUCUAACGCUCAUAUCUUUUCGACUAACCGAUGAGCUGGCUCGAAUUCUUGCUCAGAGUUCUCGCAAACUCAAGAACCUGAAUUUGUCCAGAUCGCCUACAAUCAAGGGUCGUUUUUUGAGGGAUUUGGGACAUAGCUGCAAACUCAAGACUCUAAUAUUGCGCAACUGCCCUUGUCUAGAGGCGAAAGAAGUCUUGGAACUCUGUAAUUCACUGCUCAAGAGAAACUUCAAAUCCAUUCAACACAUUGAUGUUUCAAAUAACAGCGGCUUAAUUUCUGAUGAAGGCGGGAGAUGUUUCAAACCAAAGUUUCCUCUGGCGAAGCUGAAAGAAGAAAGAUCCGAUAUCACAUUUGUUGCGGAUUUUCCGUUAGCAAGGUCUUGUUCAUCGAUGACUAUUAUUAAAGUAAUCAUCUUAGAAAAAGUUUGA